CAGUAACGACCAACGUAUGUAUCUUCCAGUCUCUUAGACUCGCCCUCGUCGACGGCAUCGUCGACGGCUGCCGGACUCGAGUACCUCACCCCACUGGGUGAGUCUCUCGCCACGACAUUAUCUCUUCCGCAGAUGAGUGGAAGCUUUCCUCAGCCCAAGGAAAGCUCAGCUGCAACGGCCUGCCGCCUGCGGCCAUCGAGUGCUUAGGGCAAAUUGUGGCACAAUUCCACUUCCUCGAGACGCCGGUCCUUCUCUACGGCAAUAGACGAGAUGAUCUUGUUGAGCCUGUCUUCGGCUGAUGAGAUCGUCUUCUCCAAAGUAGUGCCCCACUCGGGAAGGCCACUCCAAAUUUCCGCACGGGACGAAGAGAUCUCGGUAUUCCCCCUCACCCUGUUUUUGGCUGCAUCGUUGGCUGAGCGGACCUUCCCAAAAGACACAUUUCUGCCCGCUGGGCUUGCGAGGGAGCUUCUUAUGAGCCCGACAUUUGCGGCAGCUCAAGAGCAUGCGCGGUACAAGCUGCAGCUUCCAGUACCUCCAUUCCCGGAAGGCAUCACCAAAACAACUGUCGUCGCAUCCUCAUCACCGCCACAUUCAUCGACUGCCGCCAGCAAGUUGCUGGGCCCACCAUUGACGCUCCGCCUCAGCCCAUACAUCGGUAGGCGUGGUACAGCCAGCAACCAGCUACCAAAAGACCGCGAGCUCUUCUUCACUUGCGACGUCCCUCCCAACCUGCCAGGGCGUCCGCAGCGCGACGCCAUCCCUCGGACGUGGACUUUAGCGCUCUCUGAGCUCCUUGACGUUCAGCCCACCGGUGACACCUACCGCGCCACCCUUAAAGACAACCCCUGCAGCUCGUACUCCGUCUUUGCGCUCGUGACGUCCCAGCACAAACCCGGCGGCACCUUCCAUAACGUCGUCGACGAUUUCACUCGCCUCGCGCCGCUUCAAGGCCGCGAGAUCGCGCGCCUGUACGGUCUGUGGACGAGCAGCGAUGACGACCUCAGCAAUCUCCGCAUCCUCCUCACGGAGGACCUCGGUGACUUCGACAACAACCUUGGGUACAUGUUCGACAACGGGUUGGCCUCGCCGUCAAGCUAUGCUAACUCGCUCCCCGCAUUAAUCCACACCAUCCAUGCAGCAGGCGCUGUGCGCGCGAACAACGCGCCCGAGAUCUACCUCAUCUAUCCUCGCGGCGAGGGGGUGUGCUACGGGAUGUUACCGCGGAUGGUUUGUGAUGACCCGGACCCGGAUACGCACGAGCUCUUUGAAAGCAAAGUCGUCAAGGAACAGGAAUGGAUGGCUAAGUGGUUGACGCUCCGCCCAACUUACAGCGCAUAAAUCAUUGUCGCGACAAGGUCGGGGACCAAAGUCAUCAUGUUCUUACGUCCUGUGAACACUUCCGUGUGCAUGCUCUACGCUCCCAAGAUACACGCUCUCAAGCAGCUUCCACGGUACCCGUCUCGCUGUCUCCAAAUUGUUCCAUGAUCACCAUUUCCACACCGGCCGCAGCCACAAACCCGCCAAAAACCUCCAUGCGGCCUUGAGAGACGUAGCCGGCCGUCCAAAUCAUUCACAAUUGGACUCCUUCAUGCGUGUAUAGCUCCCUCAACCUUGCAUAGCCCCCUCAUGCUUGUAUAGCCUCCUUGAUCUGUGUUUAGCCCUGCUUGUGUCGCUGCCGAUACCUGGUCCGCAUCGCGAUAUGCCUUAGGCCAAUCACUGUGUAGAUGCAUAAUUGUAUGUACC